AGGAUCUACUGUGGGCUCUCGGCCCCUAAAGGAUCUUAAGGGGCAUGGUUAUGAGACAUGGGGCCGCCAUCUGCUUUGAGCCCCUGAAAGGACUGAUCUCAAGUGUCUCGGGAGAAGACCUGCGGUAUCGGUCAGCCUUGCGUAUGUCAACACUCGACCUUAGAAGCAAAUCGUUCAGUCAACUGUUUGGGCCCUUUCCUUCACUUAGCAUGGCUCAAACAAGCUAAGGAAUCGCAAAAUGGCAGAUUCAAGAGCAAUUUUUGUUCACGGGAAAAUAAGGGCGACCAGAAUGGUGAUAUGACUCGAUUGCUGGGUGACGUAGGGAAUCUCAUUACGGAUGCAACAAUGAAAGACAAGCGCGGGGGUACAGCGGGUUCAUAAACGAACCAAAGACAUUUGGCACCCUGAAAGCUACGUUAGGAAUCACGGGGCAAGCUCAUUCGCUAUCACAUUUGGUGAUGCUGAACUUCUCAGGCUUGACCCAGUUCUCACCCGUUCAACGAGUGUCCGACUGUGAAUUGGUUUGUUCCACAGAACCAUUCUCAGAAAUUAUCCAUUGGCCCUUUGAGAGGGGUGCAAAAAGGCUCAUCACUCAAUCCACCGACACAGCUGCCGCCUUGACUUGCAGUUUCUCUCCAACUCGAAUGAGGGGCAGCGUCUCGGCCAUGUCGGUCAUGACUGGAAGGUCUUAUUGAGAUAAUGGCCCAGUCAGGGCCCUUGCAUACCCAAGGGAUGCGAUGUUCCGUCAAAACUAUCACGCGCCAUAUUCAGGCACUCCAUUUGUCUGAGGGAUUUCUAUGUACCUCUGCCUCUCAGGCAUGCUGCACCCGAUAUGAAUCUCGUAUCCAAGUUGAUUUUCUAUCGUCGUUCCAUUUGAGCUAUCUUAUCCACAGGGCCACAGUUACCUAUCUGGCCAUAACAUGGUAAAUGCCAAGCCCAUGGCCUGCUAAGCGGCCGUGUUGUCCAUCGUAUUAAUCCCUUCUGGGCGUUGGCACGGCCAGUCCAAGAUGCGCCGUAUUCUUACAGAGCAUAGCAAAGGAUGCCGAUUAUUCCGUUCCAAGACUUCUGGGGCACGCCCUCAAUUUCCACUGUUCUACGGGUUGCAUCCACGUGCGCUCCCUCAAGCAGUAUGUCAGAGGUCUUAAACCCUUUGUGGAGGACAGCCAACCACGGGCCAGGCAUCUGCGGUAUGCCAUCAAGCUCUGUCUUGAGACUUUGAACACUCGACUGUUUACAGUAAUUACAGUGACUGCGUCACAAUCACCUUGCCCUGUCGGUGCAAGGCACAACGCAAUGCUCAGUCUCACCAUGCAUUCUAUCGCGUCAUUGCUUCUGGGCACCUGAUGGUCUGCAGGCGACCUAUGCAAUGCCAUGCCAGCAAGAAGUGGCACAGCGUCAGACCUGUUGCAUUGGCUCGCAUCAACCUACUGUAUUAUGAAGCCCACCACUGUGAAUGAUACAGUAUGCGGAUUGCAUCUUGGGGUCCAAUUAUUCGCGUGAGGCGAGCUACAGGUGUUUUCAUUGGGAUGGACACCAUUGACGAGCAUGCUGCAAGAUGCUAACUAGCCGUUUGGUGGUGUCUGUUGUUUAAGCAUACCCUAUGCAAACAGCAGCCUAUUCGAGGACAGAGUCGUAUACGAAAGCUAUGACCAGGGCCAGGUUGAGUAGCAAUCCAAUCACCACAAGAUUGAUACCCUGAACUCGAGGUUUGCGGUACCGCAUACGAGGCUAUUUUGAAUUCGUCAAUCAUUCGUGGCAGGGUGUAGAAGCAGCAUUAGUCUUUCCUUAGUUCGACACAGCUGGCACCUCUAAGACGACCUCAUCCCGCGCAAUCGGGUACGCAGAGAAGCUCGUGAUGGGGGCGCCAGAUCAUAUUGCCUUGGUGAUUGGGCUGAUACAGACCACGCGGUGGGAUUGAUACCACGGGAGUGCCCGCUCAUUGCGCGCCUGCCGCUGCAUUCAAUGCCGCAUGGAUUAGGCAAAUGGGUGACAACGUGCAUCCGAACCGCCAAUCUACAUUUGAUCUAUCAGCUCGGCCUUCCUAUUGAGGUGUAGAUAUUCGGAUAAGAAGCACCGACUGUUGAAAUUGAUAACUUCAAGGUUGCAGUACAGACCGUUGUUACAUGCAUCAGACAAUCCAUACUUGAUACGUCUGUGAUGAUCAAUCGAUGGUAUCUAAAACAGUUUUUUGUACUAAUCUAUACCACACACCAACCUCGGAACGAACAUUCGAUUCCUCGAUCUGCAGCUGUGUCACAACCUCUCAGUGUUGGUCUCAACAAACAACGCGCAUAUUAACACUCAGGGCAUAGGUAGCAUUGACCUUCCGUGACGAAUUGAGCUCCCAUACCCAUGUACUGGAAAAUAUAGUUGAUGCUCAGCCAUUUUGAUCUCGAUGAGGCAUCGGCGAAUUCCUCUCCCAGUGGAGUCUUGAGCCUGUGCCUUCAAUUGACCCGAGCUGAUGGUAAGAAACAUCACCCGAAGGAGGCCUUGCAAAAGUGUUCAAUUUUGGAUCGGAUUCACGAGCAACAGGCCACCUGGAGUGCAUGGCACCACCAUUUUCCAAGGAUCAAUCGCCGGCGAACUCAUCCGGAAACAUGGUGGACAGAGAAGCAAAUUACAGAGCGCCAUAUGGCAAACAAUUUCAUACAGGCAGGAUCAUCAUCUGCAGAUUCGUUGACACCACAAAGCUUGGGCCUGUGGCUGCUGCACAUCAUUGACGCGCAAGAAGGGGUUCUGGGGAAGUUGAGGUUGGGGGGGUCGCAUUACAUCAAUCCCACUUGACACUCUGUACCAACGGCGUAUGUGUGUCGAAUGGAUGAGAAAUCUCAAUGGCGGUUUCAAGAAGACGACACUCACUGCCCAUGCCUGACCACCAAUAUCAACGGCCAACAUAAUUUCGCGGGACAUGUCCCCGUUCCAUCAAAGCGUUACACCAGGUAUCAAGGCGCCAUCUUUUGCUAGCGUCCGCGGCAUUCACAGGCCGGCUUUAUUGUUGGCCCAGAGCCUAAAUUCAGCACUUGAUUAUGUGUAUCUCGCAGGACGUCCAAGACUCAUUGACUCAUAGAAGGAUACGCAAGCACCAUUACGCAAUUGUAUGCUGUGGUAGUCGCCAGUAUUGCGUACCGAAAAGAUAUACUGAUAAUGCGAAUGAUUCCGAAAUACGUACAUGAUGUGCAAAGUUUAAUCUGUCGCCCAACUUGGAGGCUUAGACCAACAAACGCCAUAGUCUCAGGGGAUCAUCUGUGCCUGGCAAUCAGUGGAGAAUCGAGCCAGGCAUCACGAAUCUUGGCGAUUUGGUUUCGAAACGACACUCUUCCACUAAUUUCAACACAACGGUACAAACUGCCGACUGUAUCGUUUAUAUUGAAGCAGGUUGUUGGGCAUAAUUGAAGCACCGCAGACCAGUGCUCCAGACGCCCGAACCUUUGGCGAGUUUGAAAGUUAUUGGAACAUACAUCAAUUCUCAGUUGCAAAUCACCACGGAUGAUUGGGAUGCCACUCUUGGUGGGCAUACCUUGCUUGGAACAUCCAGAGACCAAGAACCCCUACCUCACAUCCUGAGGGUUGUCGCGUUUUUGGUCUGUUCGUUUAGAUACUCAGCCUUCUAGAAUCCUUCUGAUGGGCCCCUGACUCGAGAUCCCUGACAGCUAUAACUUUGACGUCUUUUGGCGUCGGUGUUGACUAUUAGUCUUGAGGCGUGUGCUACAGACUAUUGACACCGGUGACUUGGAAUAUGCUGAGCGUGAUCUCUUGGUCAGCAUAGUUUGAUUGACCUCAUUACACAGGCCCCGGCAGCUCAGUGGAAUUCUCUAUACGGAACAGCAACUAAGAUGCGCCAGAGGUUGUUGUAGCACAGGCUAUAUGUUGUGUAGCCCCAGAGCUUUAUCGACUAUGACCAGUCAACAUGUUGCAUCGCAUGAAGGUCACCGAAUACCUCAGCAUGGAACCAAUGGCAGAGGGUCGGUCGCGACACUGCAAGGUGUCAUUGACAAGCGGGCUGUUUGCCAUUUUUGACAGUUAUCACAAAUCAUACUGUCUGACAGCUUGGCUGCUAUCUGAAAAUGAGGAGUAUCGUGCCGCUCACAAAUCACUGGCUGUUUCAUGCAUGCUUGGUAACCGAAGCGGCAGAAUUCAAUGCCAUGGCAAUUCGCCUAGUUCAAGACACCAGCAUCGAGAUUGUCGUGCUUUCUGUUGAUAGUCAAGACCAUCGCACAACCCUCGUGUGCUGGCAAAUAUCAACUCCACAUCUCCAACAUAUUGGGGAUAUUUUCGACUUCAGCCUUGCCGAUCUCACCACACCAACGUCUAGGCACCUACGGCACAGCAUAUGAGAUGUACAGUACGUGCCCAAUUGUCGGGUCAGCUGGCUGUGUGCUGUAUGUAGGCUGACGAGUGCAACCUUGGAACCCUUAAGACGAUGAACAGUAAUCCUAGGGUGCCCAUCGAGCCGCUCUCCUGCAUCAUCUCAUUUGCUGUAAAAUUUGUGUUGGUGGUUGUGCUGGCAAAACCACUGAUGGGUGCUGCCAUAUGUGAGCCCUGAUCGGCCAUUUGUAUGGUCUUUUGUUAAAGGUUGUGUAUGGUAUCGCUAGCCCUGGCUCGGGCCGGCCCCAUGGGUCGUCUUACAUAGGUGACCAGUCAUUUUUGUUGGCAAAGGUGGUCACCCUACUUCGAAAUAUCAGUUCGAGCUGGACUGUGUGAGAGUUUGCGAAGCCAGCACCUCGCAUGCCGUUCCUGGUGAGUUGCAGACGCUGCGGCACGACAAACAUAGACAAGAUCGGAAGGACGUGGCGCGGCAUCGUGGCCAUGAUAUGGCGCACUCGAUAUCAACAUCGCGUGAGAGGCCAUGGUGUGGUUCAUUUCUAGCAUCACGUAUAGAUGCAACAACCCUCUAUGCAUGUGCUUUGUGAGGGAUAAAUGUACGGUGCUGCAUAGGCCGCCUUUUCAUCAUGAGACCAACGAGGCAUAAAGUACCAAUUCACAGAGCCAUGGCGUCGAGCUCAACGAUGCUGACUGGAUAUCACAAUUCAUGGUGGUACUGAGAACACCUCGUGCGAGGAGAAAUGAUAUCAAUUUAACACUCUGUCAGCUGACUCUACCUAUGUUUGUCUCCCUUUGACGAGAUGCAGGUGAGUUAUCGCCGACAUGGCUCGGCAAUAUUCACAAGUCAUCAGUCAGGCGUCAUGCUUGGUGAUGCAAUAGAGCACAUGUCGUUGGAAUGGUUAAUCAGCCUCACCACCACAGAUAGUCAUUCUGACUGUGCUGGCAUGCCACGUCAACUCACUCAACAGGCAACGGUUGAAGGCCGCCGUCUAUUCGAGACUAGUUUGGCAAUUAUUCGACGGUCCGACACUAACUGAACUAACGCAGAAUGGGCUCUGUUUCUCAAUGAUAGACAUAGCAGCGUACUGUAGGAGUUGAUCCUACGAGUCGUAUAGUGCAGGAUCAGCCCCUAUCUAUUUGUUGUACAGUAGAGUUUACUAUUCAUGAGGAUUUGGCAUUUACUUUGUCAGACAACAGGGUCGAUGCAUUGAUUAAUCUCCCACAGGCUUACAAUACCGGGGCCUCACGCCGUCACUCGCAUAUUCAUCUGGUCACGUUUCACGGGGCGAAGACCAGUCAUUGUGUGAGCUUUUGAAGACAUGGACAUGGCAAGUUCUGCGCAAGAAGUAAAGACAGAGAGAGUGGUAGGGUUCCCCUUACUACCGCGAGAUGUGAAACGGCGAAUUUGGUCCCGAGUAACUGGUCCUAGUGCGGGGGUGGACCUUGUAGGUACAUGAGUCUAAGUCCGUUAGAUGACAGCGAUGGUUGUUUGGGAUAUACAUCUAUUUCGGUCGGGGCUAAGUACAUGACUUGGGGGCCAUGUCUAAACGUAUCCACGACGCAAACGAAUUACUUGAACAAGAAGUUGCCAAAGAUGGGGGUUUCAUGGAUAUUCCCUACUCCCACGGGGGCCUCGGAACAGUUCAGAAAACUUGCUCUGAGAGCUAUGGCCUGGAUGGUUUCCCGGAGCUUCUGGAAAACAUCCGCAGAGACCCACGAGUAAGAGCUCAGGCCCCAACUCAUCUCUUCAUAUGCUGAGACAAGGCCAAAUGUCCCAAGAGGAUUCUGAGGGAGAUGGAAGGGGCCUCAUCUCACCGGGGGUCCAACUCUGACACUCAAGUGAGAGUCUGCCCAGCCAAGCACAGGCACAACACCAGCAUCGAGAGGCAUGAAAUUCAGCCUCUUGAAAUCCUGCCUUGAAUUCUUUUGGAUCUGUGCGGCAUUGUUUGAUACUUGUGGUCCAAUCUUCUGACGCCGUUUCGACCAACUGUCACUGCCGCUAUGCUAUGCUCAACAAUGCCAUGCUACGUGGACCUUCUUCUGACCUCUGCUUCGGUCUACGGGACUCGGCAGCGGAUCGCUCGCGGCUUCAGCGAAUAUGCUAUUCAUGGAUAUGGCUGCCGCAUAUGCUGCAUGUUUCAUUUCAUGCAUGUUUGCUCGUCGGUCAUCAAAUUUACGCAUAUGCCUUCGUUGUUGAGGCCAACAAACAUCAACCAACUUCAGGAUUUGGCAUGAAUUGACUCAUCACCGAGAUUUCACCCGAAUGAUGGACAAAGUUUGCCUCGUCGGUGAGUGCGCUGGCACAAGAUGUUACACAGGGAGGACCUGGGUUGAAAAUGCGCAAUCUUUCCUGCGUCUACCCGUCUGUAACCUACGGUCAGAGCCAUUAUGUCCGUAUCCCUCCGAUGAAGCAUCCUACAGCUGCUGUGCCAUGCUCGAGGCCCCUAUCACUGGCUGUCCUCUUGUAUUGGAGAUAUCCACGUCCGUCUUGGCAUGCUUAGCCGUCAUACCAGCCAGGAAAACACCUUCUUACAGAAACUCAUCCGGCCGACAUGACGUUGCGACAUCUCGGCAGCUGCCUCAUGCUGUGCUCUCUGCUUUUGUGCUCCUCCGCUUGUUGCCUUGCUGCGUGUUUCCGUUCAGUCAGCUCACUUGGUUAUGGUACGAUGGGAAACUCGACCGAUGUCUAUUGUUUGUGCUACGAAGGUGAGAAAGGCGGACUUAGUUUGUGGAUUGUGAUAUGUCGUGUUGAGAGGUCAUUAUGCGAGGUCAUCUGUCAACGACAAGGUGAGUUGGACUGUCAGAUGAGUCCACUUCUCGGUGCCUGUGAGUUCUAGUCAGUUUCAGAAAGCUGUGAAGUGACGGAGCUUCGUUGCUCGUGCGUGAGGUUGUUGACUGUGGUUGUGAUAAUGUUUCUCCCCAAAGUCAUUUCAAACACCACAAGCACCAUGAAGAAGUGACCAAGGGUCAUAACAGUAGAAUAACUCUGAUUGAUCUCUGAAAUGAAUCAACAUCAUGUGUCUUAUUGUCCUUUAUAGUCGGACAAGCAAUUCUCGAUCUCACUUUUCGAGUAGUUCAAGUAUAGGGUAGUUGGCGUUUGAAGUGAAGUCGAUGUGGAAGUUAUCCCAGAGAUAGAAACUUUAUAUGGUGCUAGUUUUAUAAGGACGAGAUGUUUCUGAUAUAUGGACGCUUUAUUGUUCGCG